AUGAAGAUCUUUGUUUACUCCGCACUUUUAUUAGUUUCUCUUGCGUUCACUGUCAUCGAUGGUUCUUUGGGUGUGGACCAGUUGCCCAGAGCUGAAGAUAUCACUUGGAGGUCUUACAAUUUCAAGACAGUGUUAACGUGGGGACCCAAACCUGUGAACCACACUUAUACUGUUGAAUUCGCAAGAUUUAAUGGGGACAGAAUGAGGAACCCACACUGUAUUAGAACCACAGAGACAGUGUGCGACCUCACUAAUGAGCUGACUGAACUGAAAAGUUCUCACUUUGCUGAGGUCAUCACAGAACCCCUGCCUGGCACCGACAUGGACCUGAUAGAACCUCUCUACAAACGAUCAGAGAUGUUCUGCCCUUACAAUGACACUUUGAUUGGACGAGCUGAUUUUAAGAUUGAAGUUGGUGAAGACAAAACAAAGAUUAGGUUGGUUAUCCAGGAUCCUCCCACAGCUCUAUACAAGGAUGGAAGACCUCUGAACAUCCGUGAAAUCUUUAUGACAGACCUGAAGUACAAAGUAGCUUACAACAAAGCCGGGAGCACCGGCAAGAAAGAGACCAUUUCAGAUCUCAGUGAGCUGGAGUUAAGUGGAUUGGAUAAAGACGAGAGUUAUUGCUUCAGCAUUGCAGCAUACAUCCCCACACGGACGACAGCCAAGAGGCUUGGAGAAUGGAGCUUGCCCAAGUGCUCCAAAGGAAAAGACAAGUUCUUUUUUGACGAGUACGACCUGAGCGUGAUCAUCGGUGGCAUCGUUAUUACUCUGGCCUUUCUCUUCUCUGUCAUUGCAUUGGUGGUGGCAUGCUGUAAACGAGGAGAGGCAGAGAAAAAGCUGGAAAAGAAUGAAACUGCUUCUGAGGUGUAGAGGGAAGAUAACAGCUAAAUGCUUUUCAAGUGGCCGACUGGGGCUCUCGUGGUACGGCUGGACCGUAACCAUCCUUUUUC